CCCUGAGCAGUCUGAGUUACCCCAUUUGCGAAAACCAGAUUCGCGGGUUAAUCCUUGAAUAAGAAAAUUCUAUUUUGUUUCUUUUAAGAUUUUACCCAUCGACUUGUUAUAUCUCGUUUUUGUUCACUUUUUCUUCUUCAUCCUUCAUUCUCGACGUUCCAUUAUUUUCUUCCAAAUCCAUUCCAGAUUAAAUUAAUUGUAUUAAAGAAUAGCGUCGGAAAGCAGGUCGACUCGGAGAGAUUGAUAGGCUGUUGGUAGCCUACAAAGCUGCCCAGACGUCACUUCGGUCAGCUAGUAUUUGCAAUUUACAGGGGCCGUGUGUACCGUAACAAGCAGCUGUAAAAGCUGUAAAUUGAUUCAGGGUUCAAUCCAUCACUCCAUCACUCUCCAAUUCACAUUCCCUCCUUUUUACAUCAUCAUAAUCAUCACCAUAUCCGACCAUUACACCACUUCCCGCCCGUCGCGCCGACCCGAGAUCUUAAAUCCAUUAGGCUUUUUAGAUUUCAUGAGGGCGACGGCCUAAAAAGCCAUCAUGUCUUACGGACAAUAUCAAAACAAUCCAUACCAGGAAGCCCCCUCAACCGAGCAGGGUUACGGUUAUGGCCAGGAUCAUGAGAUGCAAAGCUAUCCUCAACAGCCAGCUUCAGACACGCUCUCGCAACAGGAUUUCCUUGGUCGGAUUCAAUUUCUUCGCAAUGAGAUCGGCACUCUCACAAACAACGUCCGAGCAAUUGCGUCGCUACACCAGCGCGCGUUAGCCGAAGCAGAUGGCGGCGCAGCAUCCUCGCAACUCGAGCGUAUUAUCGCCGAAACCCAAACUUUAAACCGCGGCAUCCGGGACCAGCUCAAGUUCCUAGCAAAUGACGCCAACAAGACUACCGAUGCCAGCCGUAACGUGAAGGAGCGCCAGGUCAACACAAUUAAAUCCGAAUUCGAGCGCGAGUUGCGCAGCUACCAGGAAGAGGAGGGUUCGUACCGCCAACGGUAUCGCGAUCAGAUCGCCCGACAGUACCGCAUCGUCAACCCCGACGCUACUGAGGACGAAGUUCGCCAAGCAACCGAAGCCGAUUGGGGUAAUGAAGGUGUUUUCCAGACUGCCCUUCGCACCAACCGUACCGGCCAAGCAUCGACAGUUCUCGGAGCCGUGCGCGCUCGCCAUAAUGAAUUGCAACGCAUUGAGCAUACUCUCACAGAGCUAGCAUCUAUGUUCCAAGAUCUAGCUGUGUUAAUAGAGCAGCAUGAACCCUACGUGCAGCAAGCAGAGGAAAACGCCGUCAACACUGCCAAGUAUAUGGACGAAGGAAACACACACGUGAAGAAAGGUAUUAUCCACGCUCGCAACCGCCGCAAGUGGAAGUGGUGGUGUCUAUUCAUCACUAUCCUUAUCAUCCUCAUCGCCGUCGCUAUCGGCGUCGGUGUCGCGGCUAGUAACGGGGCUUUUAAGAAGAGCAACUAGGACAACUCGCACGCGACGUGAUCGUUUCGGGGAGGGAUGGAUGACCAAAAUGGGAUGUGCUUCCUCCGGGAGACGAAACGACCGGAUGGAAAGGAGAAAGAAAAAAACCGACAGAUCAUACGGGAAUGGCUGAUCUGGGGAGAAUCAUAUUAAUUGCCGACUUUCCGUCCAAUAUCUAUCCAUAUGGACGUCGGCGAGCCUUCCGGCCUCCGGUUAGCACGGAGGAUGGGGGAAGGGUACUUAAUGCAUCGUUUUCUUAUGUACGCAUACUUUUUGUGCGGAUUCUUUGCCGCUCGGGCGGCGUGUCUAUUGGAUCUUUUUCUCAGGGUGACGGUCCUGAAUUAGACGGGCUGGUAUUGUAGAUAGGUAGAUACGUAUGCCCGUAUGUUUAUUGCUUCUUUUCUCAAA